AUGCCGACCGACAAGGAGACGAAGAACGACUCCAACAAUCCCUUCCUCACCUACCCGGCUAAAUCUCUCAACGUGGCCAUGAGUCCUAACGAGGCUAUCGCUUCCAACGAGACCAGCACCUCCGACCACACCAGCGCCUUCGGCGAGGCCAGUAUCUCCGAGCAGCCACAGGGCAGCUCUGAGGAGCAGAACAUGGCUAUCGCGGUGGUCAAAGCCCAGAGGGGCCGUGAGAUGUACGGCGUCGAAGGCCUUCGCACAGGUCGGUUCAUGCUUCACCGUCUGGCCCCCGAGAUCAAAAACCAGAUCUACGCGCUGGUCCUGGCGGAUGGUGUCCCAGGCGAGCCUGCUGCGAUCGAGAAAGAGCCUGAAUUCACUCGAACUCUAAAGAUGCCCCCCAUCACCAUGGUCGACCGCUUGGUCCGUGACGAGACCUUGAGAAUGUGGUGCAGCGGCCGAAAGUUCUCUGUCCAGGUGCCCCAGAACCAGGAUGUCAUUGAAAAGUUGGAAGCCGAGCAGGAGAUGGUCAUGAACCUCCAUCGGAUGAAUGAAUCGGGAUACUCCACGCAGGACAUGAGAGACAACGCCCAGAUUGUCUCUGAUGACUUUGCUGAGUAUCUCAAGAAAGCGCCCGACCGCAAUCUUUGCCCGUUCCGUUUCAUUGGAAACCUCACCGUCACCUACAACGGGCGCGUCAGAGUCAACAUCCAAGAAAUGGAAACCAAUUGGGAGCCCCGUUCCCUGAUUGUCGGCUUCCGUUGUUAUGACGAAGCUGCCUUCGAGACUGUCUACAACCACCGUGACUACUUGAAGCAACCCGACGAGAGAAAGCACCUCGAUCCCGACGGAACACUCAACUUCGUCAAUUUCGCGGCCGUCCGCAAGCAGUUUGUCGCCAUUCUCAUCAAUACGGAGCUGUGGUUCAGUAUGAUCCCUUACACGGACGCGCUUCUGCACCCCAUGAUCCAGCCCGUCAUCAAAGCCCUGUGCAUGUUUGUUACAGGCCAGGAAAAGCGCCCUCACUGGAUCGAGGUCAUCGUCGAGGACUACAAGUACCCUUCCACAGGACGUGGCCUGCCUUGGCCCUACUACGACUCGGACGAGCGCGAGCAUGAGUCGGAGCCUGAUGAUGGAUUCGACAUUUAUCCCGACGGUCGUUUCCUGAGUAGCUCCGAGGGCAGCGAGGGCAGCGGCGACGGAGAGCAGGAGGAUGAGGACGAUGAGGACGAGGAGGAUCAGGAGGACGAGGAUCAUGAGGACGAGGAGCAGGAGAAUGAGGAUCAGUAUGAUGAGGAGCGUUUUCCAUAUCGCAACAUCUCGGACCGCGAGAAUGACUCAGAGGACGGCAACACUCGCAACUACGGCUACGGCUUUGAUGCUGUUCAUGGCAGCGUUGAGGAUGGCAAGAACUCCGUUGAUGGUCACAACAACUCGGAGGAUGACGACGAUCCGGAGCACACCAAGGCCUCGGAGGAGGUUCACAACAACUGUGAGGCUGACAUCGACUCUAAGGUCCAGACUGAGGGAGUUUGA